CUAGAACUUUCUGAACGCGAAGAUUCUCUAGUGUUGUGUGUUGUUUUGUUUGUUUGUUUAUUAAGGAUGUUAAGUGCGUUAUCGGUUUUGUUUCAAGUCAGGAAUUUGUGCAUAACACGACCAGAUGUUCGCCUACUCGCAGUGACAAGAAGACAACAAUUUUUUAAAAUAUCGCAAACUAUGCAGCGAAAUCUGAUUGUGAAGGAACAAGUGAUGAUAUUAGCAAAUAAUAUUGCAAAGCAUUAACAGUACUAAAUAUCACAAUGGUGAAUGGUAAUUACUUAGUAUACAGUGAUAGACCUUCCUCGGAAUCUGAAAUCGUAGUCGACCAUGUACACACAAGAACUGUUGAUCGUAAGGCAAAACGUAAAUCGAACCGAACAGCGAAUGAACUGCACCGUUCACUAAACCUAGCGCAACUUGAUAACGCAACAGACUCCGACAAAUACGAGAAGAAAUCAACUGGGCCAAGAUUAAUUCGAUAUGUACCUACGACCGAAAUCGAAGAGAACUAUGUCACUGAGAAGUUUGAAACAUAUGAUUUGAAACCUAUAGAAGAGCCACCAAAACGGUACACUUUUGCAAAGAAGCCAAAGAAUCCAAGUGAUGGUUCUAUGAAUUAUGCUUAUUCUCGCUCAAGUAGCGGCUGCAGCUCUCCAAAUGGCAAUCUGCCUACAAUAUCUGAGCAUGGUGAGCAGUACGGGACUUACAGGAUCAAGCCGACCAAAACACCAUCCACCAACAACGAGCUGGAUUACGAAUCCAAAUUUGAUAAAUACUUCACCAGGCCGAGGGAUAUCAAACCGUUCACUAUAAAGGUAAUGGUGGAACUAUUAUAUUCUAGUGUAUAG